AUGGCUUCGACAAUAUCAACUGGCCUCUUUAACUCGUGGGAUGUAACAAAUUUUGUCGUAAACCAAGGUCAUGGAGUGAAGGGUCUAGCUGAGAUGGGCCUUGAAACCUUACCUAAGCCAUAUGUUCAACCUCUCGAGGAAAGGAUCACUAUGAGCAAAACCACACAUGAAGAGUCUAUACCCAUUAUCGACGUGUCAAACUGGAAUGACCCGAAUGUGGCAGAUUCGAUAUGCAAUGCAGCAGAGAAAUGGGGUUUCUUUCAGAUUGUUAAUCACGGGGUUCCCAUACAUGUACUAGAGAAUGUAAAGGACGCAGCUCAUGGGUUCUUUGGAUUGCCAGCAGAAGAAAAGAGGAUGUAUUUGAAAGAUCACUCGCCUACCAACAACGUGCGGUUUGGCACGAGCUUUAGUCCUCAAGCAGAGAAGGCUUUAGAGUGGAAAGAUUACCUCAGUCUCUUCUAUGUUUCGGAUGAUGAGGCAACUGCAUUUUGGCCUCCAGUUUGCAAGGAUGAAGCACUGGAAUUCGUGAAAAAGUCUGAACUUGUUAUCAGGAGGUUGCUAGAGGUGCUAAUGAAAAGACUGAAUGUGAAGGAGAUCGACAAAACUAAAGAAUUGCUUUUAAUGGGCUCAAAGAGGAUUAACCUUAACUACUAUCCUAAAUGUCCUAAUCCUAAUCUCACAGUUGGAGUGGGGCGUCACUCCGAUGUCUCAGCAUUGACUCUCCUCCUACAAGAUGAUAUCGGUGGACUUUAUGUUCGGAAAAUGGAUGGUAAUAGUUGGAUCCAUGUUCCUCCAAUCAGUGAAUCUCUUGUCAUAAACGUUGGUGAUGCGCUUCAGAUCAUGAGCAAUGGUCGAUAUAAAAGCAUCGAGCAUCGUGUGACUGCCAACGGAAGCAAGAACAGGGUUUCAGUUCCAAUUUUCGUGAACCCCAGACCUUUUGAUGUUAUCGGUCCACUGUUAGAAGUGCUGGAGAAUGGAGAGAAACCAAUGUACAAGCAAGUUCUUUACUCGGAUUAUGUCAAGCAUUUCUUCAAGAAAGCCCAUGAUGGAAAAGACACGCUAGAAUUUGCAAAGAUAUGA